GAAGGAGGGAGAGAGACAGAGAGACUGCAGAAGCAGAAGGAUAGGGAAAGAAAGAACGGGACAGGUUUCAAAGUCGGGACAGUUUGGCCCCGUUUUACCCAGUGGAGCCCUCAGGAGCCUGGCACAGAUCUACAGAUCUUUGGUCGGUCAGAGAUCUGUUCAUACUAAGUUUCUGAGAACAGGGAGCGAGGAUGGCGAGACGGAUGUUGAUGGUGUGUGUGCUAGGGACUCUGCUUUGUCAGGUAUGGAGCUCUGCAGAACCUCACCAGAGGAAGGGUGAUCUGCUUCCUCAGGCCCUUCAGCAAUGGAGAAGUCAAGGGAAAGGGGUGGUCAGAGUGAAGAGAGACUGGAUCAUCCCUCCAAUCAGAGUGUCAGAGAACAGCAAACAGGUUCCUGAAGACCUUGUCCAGAUCAAAUCGGACAAAAUCUUUACAGGUGAGGUGAUUUACAAGUUAGAGGGACCGGGGGUGGACCAGGAGCCAAAGAAUCUGUUUGAGAUUGACGACAAAACAGGAGUAAUCAGGAGCAAGAGACCACUGGACCGAGAGAAGCAGAACAGCUUCACGCUUAAAGCCUUUGCGCUGUCUCCCAGUGGAGAGAGACUGGAGAAUCCAACCACCAUCGAGAUAGUGGUGCUGGAUCAGAACGACAACAGACCUGCCUUCACUCAGACCCAGUUUGUUGGUACUGUCGCUGAGUUCUCCAUCCCAGGCACAUCGGUGAUGUCAGUAUCAGCCACAGAUGCAGAUGACCCGAUGACAGAGAAUGCUGCUCUGAGCUACUCCAUCAUUGGCCAGGAAAGCAUCCCUGCCAACACUGUUACUAAGACUAUGUUUGGCAUCAACAACCAGACUGGCACCAUCUACACAAGAGACGUCGGCCUGGACCGGGAGGUGGUGAAAGGUUUCAGAUUAAAACUACAAGUUGCAGAUAUGGGGGGCAUGGGAUUAAUGAGUGAAGGUGUGGCAAUCAUACAUGUGUCUGACAUCAACAACCAUGCACCGAGGUUCAGCCCUGCAUCGUACAGCAUGACAGCAGUGGAGAACAGGAACAACUAUGAGGUCGGUCGAGUGAAUGUGACGGACAGAGAUGAUGAAGGAACAAGAAACUGGGAGGCCAAAUACUCCAUUUCCAACGACCCCAACAGCCACUUUUCCAUCCAUACGGAUCCAACCACCAACCAGGGAAUUCUGAUAGUAGUGAAGCCCCUCGAUUACGAAGCACAGAGUGAGUACGUCUUGACUUUGACUGUGGAAAAUGUUAAUCCUCUGAGUAAUAAGGCUCCCAACCUGCCACUGAGCACCGCCGAGGUGGCGGUCACCGUUGUGAACGAGAACGAGGCUCCACACUUCAGAGAGGAGCCCAUACAGAUCGUGGUCCCCGAGUCUGUGCUGCCUGGGACACUACUGAUGAGCAAUUUUGCCUUUGACCCUGAUAAUUCUGAGCUAAGGUACGAGAUCAGCAGAGAUCCUGAGAGGUGGCUGGACAUCGACAGAGAUACAGGAGACAUUACAGCGAGGAGAACCUUUAACAUGAGAUCUCCAUAUGUUAAAAACAAUGUCUACAGAGCAGCUGUCAAGGUUACAGACGUUGGUGGUGUGUCGGCCACUGCAGCGGUGGCCAUCACACUGAAGGAGACCAAUGACUUCCCUCCUCAGCUCUUCCCUCUGAGUGGCUCCGUAUGCAAAGGUGCCAGCAGUUCUGGUCUGGUUCUGACUGCUAUGGAUGAAGAUCUCCCUCCGCAUGCUGCACCCUUUUUCUUUGAGAUACCUGACGAUCUGUCAGUCAACUGGACUGUUAUUCAAGUUAACAAUACUCAUGCGGUGCUUCAGCACGUUGUGGAUCUGGUGGCUGGAGAAUAUGCCGUCACAGUGCUGGUAUCAGACUCUGGCAACCCAGCUUUGGGUGCUUAUGCUCAGGUCAACGUCACUGUGUGUCCCUGUGACUCCUUCGGAGACUGUAAAUCGAUGGCGGGGACUCUCUUAGGCUCCACUGUGGGAAUCAGCUUCUUCGCUCUCAUUAUUAUCAUGGCUAGUAUUGCACUCCUACUGUUGCUGCUCCUCCUGGCUGUGGCGCUGACGUCCUGUGGGAGACGCCACCACAUCAAGAAAGGAACGGGUCUGCUGGUCGGAGAAUCAGAAGACGACAUACGUGACAAUGUCUUUAACUACGACGAGCAGGGAGGGGGUGAGGAGGACGAGAAUGCCUUUAACAUUGACCUGCUGUGGAAUCCUCAUGAUGCACCUUCCACCCCGGGGUCCUUCUACCCAGGGUCUGGUCUUCCCCGAGGCAAGCAGCCCCUCAGGAAGGAUGCCCCGCACAACCUGCCCUCCCCCACCUACCCACGGAGGCCUCCUGCAGAUCCCACUGACAUCGAAGACUAUAUCAAUGACGGCCUGGAGGCUGCAGACAACGAUCCUAACAUGCCUCCUUACGACACAGCACUGAUCUAUGACUAUGAAGGAGAGGGCUCACUGGCAGGAAGCCUCAGCUCGAUCGCUUCAGGCAGCUCUGAUGGAGAUCAGGACUACGACUACCUCAACGACUGGGGACCACGCUUUCAGAAACUAGCCAACAUGUAUGACCCACGUUAAGGUGGGCAGCAGCGCACAGAAAGAAGACCUGUGCAAUAUGCCAGUAGUUAGGGACACCAAUCAUACCUCUGGUGUUUUAAUGGACACAUUGGAAAAGAUUUUAGUCCAGGACAAGAUUUUGAAGUGUGCCAAGAAAAAACAAAUGCUAUGCAAAAGUAUGGGCCUUAAAUCUUAUGUGCUUUUUAUUGAGGAUCAUUUGGACACAUCUGACAAAAUGGCUCGCUGCAAAGUUUUGUGGUUAGCUCAGGAAAAGUAAGAGACAAGAAAACUGUGUGUUCCUAUGAUCAGCCACAAGGAAAAGAAGAGUGCACGCUGCAAGGCAGAACGUGUGUUGAAAAGUGUGUCCAUGUCUGCUGUUGUCGUUUCUCCUCAGACUUGGAGGCAGUAAUGACGCAUACAACAAGCCUGAAAUACUGAAAACAUAUUUUAAAUGUAUUUCUUUUUUAUAUAAGGAAUUAUUAUUAUUUUAUAAGACGAAUUUGCUUUGAUAUUGUUUGUUUUUCUUUUCUUUGAUCACAAAUCCUCCAUUCCAGCAUCUGUUAAUCUUUUUGGAAGUCAUCUUUUCAUAAAUCAUCCUGUACCACAAUCACUGUAUCUGGAGUUGUAUUGGAUUUUUUCCCCCUUUUCCAUAUAUAUAUGUUCAUUGAAUUUAGAGUUUACUGGCGACUACAAAAUAAAUGGAAAUCUUUUA